CAACCAUAUGCGCUCAACUGUAAUUCAAAACCAAGAAGGCCAGGGUAGGGCAAAGCGAGACGUGUAUCCCUAAAGAAAGAAAGAAAGAAAAUAACAGCCGUGCUUUGCGGUCUUUUGAGGAAAUAUGAUUUGUGAGGUUUGACUACUUCUGUAUUUCAAGAUGAUUUUUCAGACAUGUGAACGGUUCAAAAUGAGUGAUAACUUUCAGAUGUGAUGAAAGUCACAGACUACAAAGGAGGCUGAUCAUGCAUUUGUGAGCUUAAUCCUUCUGGAUACAAAGGCCACCACUGCUCAGGUUAAUGGAAAACCAGAUCUGUAAAACAUGCAGUUGAGUCACACAGUCUGCAUGUGAACUGGAUAGAGGUUCUGUGGAGAUCCCAUGUGGAAUUAACAAAACCCCAAUCCGUGGAGAGCCAGUUGCAAUCAUGUCCCUUUCGACUGUGCUUGCGAAGGCACUUUUUGACAAUGCCGCUGAAAGCCCGGAGGAAUUGGCAUUCCGUAAAGGUGAUAUCCUGAUGGUUCUCGACCAGGAGCAGGAAGGGGGACCUGGAUGGUGGCUUUGCUCCCUCCAUGGCCGGCAAGGCAUUGCCCCUGCCAACCGACUACGCCUCCUUCAAACCACUCAGACUCCCACUUCAAGCGCAUGUACAGAAACCCGACAAGCUCCUAGUGUAGAUUCAAUCCAUGCAUCCCCUUGCCAACUGAGCCACGCAAAUGGACUGUGCACUGAAGAUGGGGUGUAUCUCUCCCCACCCAGCUUGGCAGAAGGAGUGUACCAGAGCCCUGGGGUCACUCCUGCCCCUGUCAGGUCUGGGGAGCUAUGCCACUCUGAUGGAGGGAGGCCACGAUCACACUCCAGUUCUGGAACCAGGCCUCGUGCAGACUGGGGGGAUAUGAAUGUGUCAGGGCGACCUCGCUCGCCCUCUCUUAGAGGACAGGGUGGCGAGUCAGGGGUGCUCUACCAGACACCCACCUCACCUGCACCACUGGCGACAAAACACAGAGCACAGAAUGCACUGGCAUCGGAUUCGGUGUACCUGACUCCAAGUGCCGUUCCCAGGUCUGCAGCAGAAACAGCAGAAGAAGCAAGAUAUUUGACUCCGAGAGAUUCAGGGGCAGGGCAUUCUAAUGGAUGCUACUUGGCACCUAGGCCAGCUGUAACUGCGUUGACCAAUGAUAAUUUAUAUCAGACUCCUAUAAGUGGUGCCCCAGUAGCAGGACAGUGUGUACCAGGAUUGACUUUAAGACUUACAGAUGGGAUUACACCCAAAAGCAGCCCAUCAUCUCAAUGUAAGACUGGCCAGGACUCCCCAGGGAUGUACCAAACUCCUACUCCACCUGGGGGAGCCAUAUCAAGGACUCCUCAGGCUGAGCGAAAACACCCCUCUGGAACUAUAGGAGUCUCCACUGCCUUAAAACCAGGACAGAACCUUAAGCAAACACCUCCCUCAGCCAGAGGAUCUCCAAAGCUGCAUGGUACAUAUUUAACUCCUGCUGUUGGUGGAGGAAAACAGCCCCAGGCUGGCAUGAGAGAAUCCACUCUUCUCGCAAAAACAGGGAAGUCUGGAGUACCAGGGUCUCCAAACUUUGUCCGCAAACCCCCUGCCCCGGCACCACCAGUUAGAAGUGUAACCAGGAAGGAUUUAACUAAUUCUAGCCCAAUUCCAGCCACCAAACCUGUUCACCAAGCAAACCUUGCACCCUCUCAGACAAGCAUGCUGGAAGAGGAGAGACAAGGAUGUAAAAAUGGACAAGCACAAAUGGGCGAUAUAAAAAAUAACUGUCGAGUGACCAAGGAGUGUGCAAAUUCUCAUGAUGAGAAACUCAGUGAUGAAGUAUAUGAUACGCCUACAACCAAAAGGUGGCAACAUCCAGUCCCUGCAGUGCCUUCUGAGGAAGAGGAUGAUGAUGGGAUCUAUAACACCCCUCGUACUGUACCCCAACACACUGACCAGGCCUCUGAGAUAUAUGAUGUUCCCACUCUGGCCCUAAAUUCCUCUUCAGACCAUCAGAAGCAAACAUACAAUAUUCCAGGAUCACCUGCUGUGGGUGAAGAUGCAUUGGAGGAGGAUGUGUACAGUGUUCCCAGUCUCCCUGGUUUACCCUUGGAGGCAAGCGAGAUGCCGGAAUUAACUGCAGAAACUGCUGUAAACAGACGGGCUUAUUCCAUUUCCAGCCGCAGAAAGCAAGACUCAACCUCUGAAGAUGUAUCAGAACCAGACGGAGGCAUCUACGACAUGCCUGCCCUCACUCUGGAAAUCCCAACAUGUCGUUUAUCUGUAUCAAGCACCAGCUCUGCAGACAUCCAAUGGAAAGCCUCUCUUUCUGCUCUUGUCCAGUCUGCACUGGCCUCCACCUCUCUCCCCACCACCCCUUCCAGAGACCUGGCUGCUGCAUUAGCUGAGAUCCUUUCUGUCUGGAAGGCCGGCCAAGUCGGUGAUGUUUCUCCAGUUCUCCAGCAGGCCUGGUCCCGUCUCUCAGACCUACUUCCUGCCCUCUCGGUGUGUGGCACUGCCCCUCCAGCCGACGGUCUACUCACGAUGGUGCGCUGUGCUCUUGAAGACACCACCUCACUUUUACAGAGUCAGACACGGCCCCGCCUGCCUUCCCAGGAGUCUCUGUCCCGGAGACCUCUGCCUGCUUUACCAGUGGCAGAGGUCAAACCGAUUGUAGGAGACAUGGGGUCACGGAAGGGCAGCUGGAUCCAGGAACGACCACUUCCACCUCCUCCACCAGCAGCCUUCCCACUGCACCCAACAUCUGUCUGUUUAGCCUCUACCAUGGGAAUGGUGGAGGAUGAGGAACAAGGGAAUGAGUAUGCAGGAAUCGGCCUAACUCCUACACCACCGCCUUCAUAUCCUGUAGGUGAUAGUGUGGGCUACGUCAAACUGCAGGGGAAGCCUGAGCCUCCACCAGACACACAAACAGAGCACAGCUCUUCACCGCUUAUCACCACAACUGAUAAUAAAUCCAUCUGCUCCUGUCCGGUCUCUCUGACUCUGGAGGAUUCAGAGCUUCUCUCAUUCUACUCAUCCCAAAGUCUCUCUCAUCUUUCUUGCCUGGCUGACGCCAUCGACUCCCUGUUCACAAGCGUCCGAGGAAACCAGCCACCACGAGUCUUUGUUUCCAGAGGGAAGAGUCUCAUUGUAACUGCACACAAACUUGUCUUCAUUGGGGAUACACUUGGACGCCUUCUCAGCUCUUCAGACCUCAGGGCAAAGGUCACCACUUCCAGCGGACGCCUCUGUCAAGCUCUAAAGGCUGUUGUUGUGGCAACCAAGGGAGCAGCCCAGAAUUAUCCUUCAGUUCCUGCUACACAAGAAAUGGUGGACAGAGUAGCUGAUCUAUCGCAGCAUGCUGCUGGAUUCUCUGGGCUUUUGCAGCGAUUAGCUGAGAUUUCUUGAUGCCAUUUGUGUUUUAGUUUUUUUAUCAUCUUUGUUGACCACAGUGAAAUGCUCAAUUCAUUUUAUUUUAUAUGUAUUACUUUAUUGAUUAUGUUUGAAAAGGUAUCAUAUGUGUGUCACUGCUUGUAUCGGUUCAGCAGUGAUAAAAUGCUAAUUCAUUGCUGGAAACAGCUUUUGGGUAUGUGUUGGAGUGUAUCAGCUUGUCAGUGUGGGUUUUGACACUUUAGAUAUUUUUUUCCCUUUUUUCAUAUUUUUUUGUGGUGCCAAGCACACUUAAAAUAUUUUAAUAACUUAUUUGUGGAUGUUUGGUUUGAAGAUGUUUGUAACCUCAGGCACAUUUUCUAAAAGCUUUAUUUUGUCCCCAUAUCCUGUGAACUCAUCAUAGAUUUCAAUUUAAAGGUAAAAGUCUGUGCUCUGCGAAAGUGUGUACCAGAAAGUGUAACACUGUACACUGAAAAAAUAGUUCUAUUUUGGUCUAUUCUCUUCCAAAACCAACAUGAUUGCUUCAGAAGACAUUGAUUAAAAAUUGCAUUAGGGUGAGUACAUGAUGAGAGAAUUUUCAUUUUUGGGUGAACUAUUCCUUUAAGGGCAAUCUUGUAAACUGAUUACCUGAUUAUUCUAUUGGUUUGUAAAUGUGAAGUGGCCUUGGUGAUAUAGAGAUUGAUGAAGCAACUGAAUGGACAGCCCUGGAGAUUGACAUUUUGUACAAACAACAGGGUCAUUUGGUCAAAUAAGGCUUUACCAUUGUAUUAGUGCAGUUACAGAAGAAGGAAUGCUUGAUUAUUUAAACAAACGUGAAAAACAGGACUUCUUGAAUGAAAGAUUUAAUAAUUUAUUGAACAUUUUGGAGAGUGAAAUUGGAUCCAAGUCGUUUCCCACGAUGCUGAUUCAGAGAUAAACCUGUCUGUCAGGUCCAUUCCUUUUUUCACUCACAGUUUUCUUCCCUUAAUUCUCACACUCCCACCAUCAGAUUCUGCCAAGUUUCUGAAAAUGUUUGGGUAACAUGUUUUGCGCAAUAAUUAUUACACAGGGUUUUCAUUUCUUUAAGUAGGCUAUGCAGAAUUCCUGAAACAGCAAUAUAUCUACUUGCUUCCAUGGUGGCAUUCGAAAUGCUGGUGCAUGCAAAAAUACAAUAGUUUGAAUGUGCGGACAGGCCUGUAAACUGCUUGGUUCUAACCAAUGUGGGCUUUGUGUGUCUUCAUUGAACAGUGCAUACACAGGUUGAAACAUGCACCUGAUUCCCUCCUGUCUUGAACAAUUAAGUCAUAAACACCUUCUCAUGAUUACAUGUCACCCUAAUAGUCCGGAGAUCAAAGACUAUUCCCCCAUUUGCUCAAUUUGUGUUCCUUUCCUGGUCUCCAUCUAGUUAAAUCCACAUCGCUUAUUUUUAUAUUCAGGGUUUACAUGUGAGCUGCCAGUGUAAUAUUUUCAGUAUUGUUCUUGCUGUUCGACUUAGGCUAUAUUAGUUAAAUCGAUUUUAUUAGUUAAAUAUUAGAUGUGUUCAUUUGUAGAAGGCAAAAAAAAAAAAAAGAUGUGUUGAAAGAAACCACACAAAUGAGAAAGAACUAGCUGUCUACUAAGGAACAUUUUCACCCUUUUCAUAAUCUGGGUAAUUAUGUCUGUCUUUACACUGAUCGUUAUCCAGAAAAAUAUCUUGCAAGUUAACAGGUCAGCCUUUCUUUUAUUAGGUAUGUACUGCUUAUUUUAAAAAUACUUGUCUACUCCACCUUGUGGCCUUUUAAAUGUAUUUGUAUUUUGUCAGUCCUUUCACAAUGGCGUUUGAAAGUGGUGGAAUGUUUAAAUGAAUACAUCAAAUUCUGAUGUUGGUUUAUUCUAGUGCCAGUGUGUGUGAGUUGCCUCAAAGUGCCAUCUGGUGGGCUUUAUCAGUAUUACUACAUAACCUACUUGGGUAAACUAAAACUAGAACUCAGAUCGCCUCAACAGGUACUUCAGAGUAUACUUUCAGACAUUUUCUGGUGGAUAGACUAAACCGCACAAUGUUUGAAGCAGCUCUCUUGUCAUUCUGUACAAAAACAAUAUUUAUGUAUGUAUAAUCAUUGCAAUUAUGCAAUAGUCCUUUCCUUAGCAUCCUUUUCUCUCUCUCAAGGUUCACCUACCUUGAUAUAUUCAGUUCUUAAAUUAAGUGCUUACAUUAAUGCUUAGAUUUCAUGGCCCUAUAUAGUUAUAUUUAUUUGAUUUUGUUAAUCAAACGUCUGCAUGGCUUUAAGUUGUUUUUUAAAAGAUAUAUAAGCACAUAUAACCAGGGAUGUUUUCAUGCAAUUUUGCAUCAAUAAUUCAAAAUUUGCUUUAAAAAUUGGUAUCAGAAUGUACUUUUGACAUGCAUUUUUGUGCUUCUUUACUUGUUAAUUUCGACAUUUUGUUUGUAAGGCGUGCUCCACAGGUAAUUUGCAUAUAGAAAGUCUUUGAAAGUUGUCUUCAAAAUGUCUUCAAAUACAUUUUUGUUACAGAA